GAGACUGACAGAAACAAUAAAACAGGAAUAGCAAGUCCCCAACGCAGUGACCACUCCGCGCGCUCCGGACUGACCUCCCCCACCCGAGGGGCGCGCGGGCUCGGCGGCCGCGGGGGUGCAGAGCGGGACGCAGCCGCGCGGCGAGCGCACGGGGAGGGUCGGCGGCGCCUCCAGUCUCCGCAGCCACCCGCGCGCAGCGUAGCUCGGGAGCGGGGAGCGGGACGCGGCGUCCGGAGCCCCGGCAGCGCCCGCCCUCCUUCCCGCGUCGCCUGCCAGCUCGCCGGCGCCCGCUCCGCCCGUGACUUCAGUUCAGCUCCACCCCCGCGUGGCGGCGGCUCGCUCCGUCCGAACCCGCGCUCGGCACCAGCCCAGCCUGGGCAAGCGGCCGCCACCUGCCCAGCGUCGCCUCCGCCGGCCCCACCGCGGGCCCAACUUGGAUGGAGUUGGGGUCCUGAGCGCCUGACCCCACAGCCGGCCAGCGAGAGCCCUGCGCCGCCAUCUCCGGUCCGGGACCCUCCGCUGCUCUCCGCUCCUGCCAUGGGAAAAGUUGGCGCCGGCGGCGGCUCCCCAGCCGGGCUCAGUGCUCUCAUCGCCAGCGCGGGGCUCUUGGUGCUCUGCGCCCCGGGCUCCUGCGGCGGCGGCGCUUGCUGCCCCCAGCUGCACCCGAGCUCGGCCCCACGCUGGGCGCCGACCCCAGCGGGCUUCCCUCCCCAGGGGCCGCGAAGCAGGGCUCCUGCCACGCCCCCGCCCCUCCUCGGGCGCCCCCUGUUCGCGAUGGCCCCCGGAGACCGAGCGCUGGCCCUGGAGCGGGCGCCGGGCACCGGGGCGUCCGCGGCGGCUGCUCCACGUUCUGGCCGCAGGAGACGGAGUGGAGCGGAUCCGGAGAAGGAAGAACGGGGAGAGGGCGCGAGUAGAAGCCCCCGGGGAGUGCUCAGGGACCAAGGGCAGCAGGACUCUGGGACUCUGGAGCGGGACCUGGACAAAGCCACUCGCUUCCGGCUGGAGGAGCUGAGACUGACCAGCACCACGUUCGCGCUGACGGGCGACUCAGCCCACAACCAAGCCAUGGUCCACUGGUCUGGCCACAACAGCAGCGUGAUUCUCAUUUUGACAAAGCUCUAUGACUAUAACCUGGGGAGCAUCACGGAGAGCUCACUUUGGAGGUCAACAGAUUAUGGGACAACCUAUGAGAAGCUGAAUGAUAAAGUUGGGUUGAAAACAAUUUUAAGUUAUCUCUACGUGUGUCCUACCAACAAGCGUAAGAUUAUGUUACUCACAGACCCGGAGAUUGAGAGCAGUUUAUUGAUCAGCUCAGAUGAAGGGGCAACCUAUCAAAAGUACCGGCUGAACUUUUAUAUCCAAAGCUUGCUUUUCCAUCCCAAGCAAGAGGACUGGAUCCUGGCAUACAGCCAAGACCAAAAGCUCUACAGCUCUGCUGAAUUUGGGAGAAGGUGGCAGCUUAUCCAGGAAGGGGUUGUGCCAAACAGGUUCUACUGGUCUGUGAUGGGGUCAAACAAGGAGCCAGAUAUUGUACAUCUCGAGGCCAGAACUGUGGAUGGCCAUUCGCAAUAUCUAACUUGCCGAAUGCAGAACUGCACAGAGGCCAAUAGAAACAAGCCUUUCCCAGGCUACAUUGACCCAGACUCUUUGAUUGUCCAAGAUGAUUAUGUGUUUGUUCAGCUGACGUCAGGAGGACGGCCACAUUACUACGUGUCCUACCGAAGGAAUGCAUUUGCCCAAAUGAAGCUGCCCAAAUACGCUUUGCCCAAGGACAUGCAUGUCAUCAGCACAGAUGAGAACCAAGUAUUUGCAGCGGUCCAGGAAUGGAACCAAAAUGACACAUACAACCUCUAUAUCUCAGACACUCGUGGUGUCUACUUCACCUUGGCCUUGGAGAAUGUGCAGAGCAGCAGAGGCCCUGAGGGCAAUGUCAUGAUCGACCUCUAUGAGGUAGCAGGCAUAAAGGGAAUGUUCUUGGCUAACAAGAAGAUUGACAACCAAGUGAAGACUUUUAUCACGUAUAACAAAGGCAGAGACUGGCGUUUGCUGCAGGCGCCAGACAUGGAUCUGAGGGGAGACCCUGUGCACUGCUUGCUGCCCUAUUGCUCACUGCACCUUCACCUUAAGGUCUCUGAGAAUCCUUACACAUCAGGGAUCAUUGCCAGCCGAGACACAGCUCCCAGCAUCAUAGUGGCAUCAGGUAACAUAGGCUCUGAGUUGUCAGAUAGCGACAUCAGCAUGUUUGUGUCUUCAGAUGCAGGGAACACUUGGAGGCAGAUCUUUGAAGAGGAGCACAGCGUUUUGUACCUGGAUCAAGGCGGAGUCCUGGUCGCGAUGAAGCACACGUCCCUCCCGAUCCGGCAUCUCUGGUUGAGUUUUGAUGAAGGGAGAUCUUGGAGCAAAUACAGUUUCACAUCUAUUCCACUUUUUGUGGAUGGGGUUCUGGGUGAGCCUGGGGAAGAGACCCUAAUCAUGACAGUGUUUGGACACUUCAGUCACCGCUCUGAAUGGCAGCUGGUCAAAGUGGACUACAAGUCCAUUUUUGAUAGACGGUGUGCCGAGGAGGACUACAGACCCUGGCAGCUGCACAGCCAGGGGGAAGCAUGCAUCAUGGGAGCCAAAAGAAUAUAUAAGAAGCGAAAAUCAGAGCGGAAAUGUAUGCAAGGAAAAUAUGCAGGAGCUAUGGAAUCUGAACCCUGUGUCUGCACAGAGGCCGAUUUUGACUGUGACUAUGGUUAUGAACGACACAGCAGUGGCCAGUGCCUGCCAGCAUUUUGGUUCAAUCCAUCUUCUCUUUCGAAGGACUGCAGCUUAGGACAAAGUUACCUCAACAGUACUGGGUAUAGGAAGGUGGUUUCCAACAACUGCACUGAUGGAGUCAGAGAACAAUACACUGCCAAACCACAGAAGUGUCCAGGGAAGGCCCCACGGGGGCUCCGGAUUGUCACCGCUGAUGGAAAGUUGACAGCCGAACAAGGGCACAAUGUUACUCUCAUGGUACAGUUGGAAGAGGGUGAUGUCCAGAAGACACUCAUACAGGUGGACUUUGGCGAUGGCAUCGCAGUGUCUUAUGUCAACCUCAGCUCCAUGGAAGAUGGAAUCAAACAUGUCUAUCACAACGUGGGCAUUUUCCGAGUGACCGUACAGGUGGACAACAGUCUGGGGUCUGACAGCGCUGUCCUGUACUUACAUGUAACUUGUCCCCUGGAGCAUGUACACCUGUCUCUUCCCUUUGUUACCACGAAGAACAAAGAGGUCAACGCAACUGCAGUGCUGUGGCCCAGCCAAGUGGGCACCCUCACUUACGUGUGGUGGUACGGAAACAACACGGAGCCCCUGAUCACCUUGGAGGGAAGCAUAUCAUUCAGGUUUACUUCUGAAGGCAUGAACACGAUCACGGUGCAGGUCUCAGCUGGGAAUGCCAUCCUGCAGGACACCAAGAGCAUCGCGGUCUAUGAGGAAUUCCGAUCUCUUCGCCUGUCCUUUUCUCCAAACCUGGAUGAUUACAACCCAGACAUUCCUGAGUGGAGAAGGGACAUCAGCCGAGUCAUCCAAAAGUCUUUGAUGGAAGCCUCGGGGCUCCCAGGUCAGCACAUCCUGGUGGCCGUGCUGCCUGGCCUGCCCACCGCUGCUGAGCUCUUUGUCCUGCCCUAUCAGGAUUCAACCGGAGACAGCAGAAGGCCAGCCGAGGACCUGGAGCAGAUAUCAGAACUCCUGAUCCACAAGCUCAACCAAAACUCGGUGCAUUUUGAGCUGAAGCCCGGGAUCCAGAUCCUUGUCCACGCAGCCCACUUAACAGCAGCCCCGCUGGUGGACCUCACUCCCGCCCACAGUGGAUCCGCCAUGCUGAUGCUGCUCUCGGUGGUGUUUGUGGGGUUGGCGGUGUUCGUCAUCUACAAGUUUAAAAGGAGAGUAGCUUUACCCUCCCCUCCCUCCCCUUCUACUCAACCUGGUGACUCAUCUCUCCGAUUGCAAAGAACAAGACGCGCCACUCCACCUUCAACGCCAAAGCGGGGAUCUGCUGGGGCACAAUUUGCAAUUUAAGGAAAACCCCCAAAGGCUACAGGCGACCUGCUGAUCAGGAAAGAAUUUCGCUCUUGUCAAGUGCAUCAUCCUUCAUGACCACUAACUUUAUGUUUUCUUUCUUUCCUUUGUUGUUCUGUUUCCUAUUUUGCCAGGAAGUAUUUCCAUAGUUGCUGAGAAUCAAAGCACAAAAGAAAUCCCUACCUAUGUAAAUGUUUGAAUGGAGGACGCCAGUAAAAACAAAAACAAAAAAAAAAUAAAAUAAAAACAAUCAAAAUCCAAACAAACAAACAAACAAACACUCACUGCAUCUGGACUUUUUAAUUCUUCAGACACAGACAACAAGGGUUUUUAGCUUUAAGCCUGUGCAUGUGGACAAUACCUGGAGAACGAACGUGCUUGUGGGGGGGCAGUGUACAGGUGCUCUAUUUUAAUGGAAAACACUCCCCUCCCCCCUUCUCCUUCUCUCUCUUUUUUCUGAUCGGUCGUGUUUAUAGAAAAUUCUUAACAUAAAGGCCAAGGAAAUCUGCAUGUAUUUUUGGAAAUAUCCUUGGCUCUAGAUUUAACAGCUCUUUUAGCACUACAGGCAGAUUAGCCACCCGAGCCCCUUUCAUAAAACACAGACAUGCACAGGAGUUUGAAACCCUGAGCUGUUUCUCUGCUCCACUCUCCUGCUUGUCAUUUCCCCUCCUAAGUUGUCUUUGCUAGCUCUGUUGGCCAGCGGUGGCCACAAAGCUGCUUUUUGCAUUCUGUGCAGCCAUAGGGGCCAAGAAGCGAGUUGAAGUUCAUAUGUGCAGGCAGAGUAGGGAAGGAGGGCAAGCGAGUCGAACUGUAGUUUUGUUUCCUGCUCACCCCUUCCCAUCAUGACUGCCUUCCCUACUCCUGCCGCACAUGGUGUAGAAAACAGAAUCCCAGUUGUGCACUGUGUUGUCUUUCGCUGGUUUGCUAUCCAUGUGUGGUCAUGAUCAGUUGAUGUCUUUGUAUCUCUUCCUCCAAUUCCCAAGUCAGCUUUCAACCACUCCAACUUUUUCUCCUCAGACUUGUUGUAGAUUCUGGACAUAAACCCUGACGUUCCCCCAAUACUGGCCUAGCCUCUGCCAAUCUUGCCCCCACCGCCCACUAGUUUUUGAUCCGUCAGUUUUCUGCACUCCCGAGCAUGCCAGCUUCCAUACACACUGACCAAGCUGCAUCCUGCCCUGCAGGGUUCAGCUUCUUGUAGCCUGUGUCUCCUCCUGUAGAACCUCCCUCUUCCAAAUAUCCUUGCCUUGUCCCACCUGGAAACAUAAUGAUGUGUGUAAAAGAGUUGAUAUAUGCAAAGCGAUUCAAACCUGGCCGCAUACAUUGGGAAGCAGAUGGAUAGUGGUAUUCUCACACCUUAACAAAAAUCUCUUGCGGUCAGAUUCUACAAGAUUCUUGUGGAAAAUGUUUUGAGCAUGUUACUAUGUUGCAGGGAAGCUGCCUCCUAUUACCCAAUAUUUCCUCUCUCACAAGAGAGUAAAAAUAUUUGUAAAAUAAAACAGAUUUUAACCAGAAGAAGAAGCAGGUUAAUGGAUUUCGUGUUUAAGAGUGUCAAAAAGUCUGAGAUUGUAUGGCAGUCUCGUCUCAUAUUAGGAUGAAAUUUUGAUUAUGUAGGAUGAUCCCAGACAUUUCAUGUGUGUGCUCUCUGAUCUCUGCGUAUCAUAGCAUCAGCAAAGGAAAAAAUUAAUAAGCAUAAAGUGGAGGAAUUAGCUGACUGACUAAAGUGGAUUGUCUCAAAGCAUGAAGAAAUCCCAGUUCUCCCAGAGCAACCAUGAGAAAAGGCCCAGGGAAAUAAAGAAACAAAAGUAUGUCCAGCAGAAGCCCAGGAAUAUUAUGCAUUGGGCAAAGCCCACUCUGAAAUGUAGGAGAAAGCAGUUUUGAAAAAUCACUCAGAGGGUGCAGCCUCCUUCCUGGUGAUGUCCCCAACUCAACAACAGGGUGCAGUAGGGCCCUGGUGGUAACUGGGUGUCCUAAAGGUCCUGGCCCCCUGCCUUUAGGUAGCUCGGGUAGGGUGAAGUAACAAAAGGUGCAGUCAGAAGUUAAUCAAGCCGAAGGUUUUAUGGUUGAGGAUGCCUCGUAUGAAUCUGGGAAAUGGAUUAUGCCUGAGGCAGCCAUCUAUUUGCAGAACUAAAUUGAUCCCCAACCUGCCAGGCUUCCUAUCCCAUAGGAAACAUCCUCAUUGAUCCUCCUCAAUUGAAGCCUCCCAAAUUUAAUCUGGAAGACAAAAUGUUUGGAAACCACAUGAGGCUCACUCAAGACAGCACAGGGAGUCUUCAGAGUUGCAGUCCAAUUAAUUUUGAUUGGGAAAUUAUGAAAAAGGGAAUAACACUCUUAAUCCAGCACAGUGCCUUGCCUAGUGUCGGUAUUAAGAAAAUUAUUUGUUGAAGGAAUAAAUAAAUGAAUACACGUGAAGAUACAGGGAGAAUGGGCUCGUGCAUUCUACUUAAAAAUUGAGGUGGAAACUACAUGCCUGGCAUUUUGGAAAGUGACCAAAGAUGGACAGCUCUAGAUUCAGCAUCUCCAGGGUCCUCAUGUGCCUCUCCUCAGAGCUCCCUCCCACCUGCAGGAAAUUAGUGAGGCAAGGCUAUGCUCAGAGGGUACCUCAUUGUGGGGAUCUAGCCCCAUGGUUCUCAAGGUGUGGUACCUGGACCAGCAGAUGAGCAUCAUCUCAGACUUGUUAGGCAAAUCUGGGGUACCCCCAUCCCAGACCUGCUGAAUCAGAAACUCUGGGUGGGGUCCAGUAGUCUGUUUUUACAAGCUCUUCAGGUGAUUGAGAACCACUGUUCUAGGCCAUUCCAUCUCAAUCCCAAAGACAAGGUAGUAAUGAGAGCCUACAAAUGGGAGGGACCCAAGUGCCUACCUUCUCACAGCAGAUGCAGACCCAGUGAGGAAUUUGGUGGGCUCAAGGCCAGAGGAGUGCGUGGGGAGGGAUGGGUGUUGAAGGUAAGGUUCAGAGCCAGCUGGAAGUCUGGUAUUGCAAUGUUUUCUAAAAUCUCAGAAGGCAAACUGUGCAUUCUGUACCUGAACUGCCCAACCAACAUAUCCUCCUUUGCCUUAUUCCUGAUUGGAUUCAUGGUCCAAAAUGCAGAGGUUUGCUUUGCUUUUUUUCAGAAGUUCCAAACAGCAACUUUGAGAGCAAUGGGGUGUUUGGCAGCUGUUCUGUGUUUUCCAGGAUUCCAACUGAGCAUUGAAAUCCCUCAUUUGCCAACUUAUUUUUAUAGGAAGCCGAUUAAAAAAAAAAAGUUUUCUUAUAGUAUUGGAACUACUUCUAAUUUUAAAAUGACUUUUUUGAUGUAUUUUUUUGUUAAAUACUAUGUAGUGUAAUGUAUAAUUGCUCUUGUUUAUUGCUUUUACAAUCAUAUUUAUUAAACAGAUA